AUGUUAGGAAUUGUCAAGAAUGGACAAGGAGAAUAUAUAGAAGCAAUUACAUUACUUGAAAAGUCACUUAAAAUCUUUCAAAAAUAUCGUCCUCCAAACCAUCCUGAUCUUGCUAUUUCUUACGUCUCUCAUGGUCUCAUCUAUGACAACAUGAGCGAGUAUCCCAAAGCACUUUCGUAUUAUGAAAAAGCUCUUGAGAUCUGGCAAAACACUCUUCCUUCAAAUCAUUCUGAUUUGGGUACGUCUUAUAACAACAUCGGCAGGCUGCAUCAUAAUAUGGAAAACUAUCCAAAAGCACUUUCAUAUUAUGAAAAAGCCCUUGAUAUCUGGCAAAAAACUCUUCCUUCAAAUCAUCCUGACUUAGCCACUUCUUAUAAUAACAUCGGUUUUCUAUAUGACAAUAUGGGCGAGUAUUCAAAAGCACUUUCAUAUUAUCAAAAAGUGAUGAAAAUUCAACAAAAAGUUCUUCCUCCAUAUCAUCCUGCUUUAGCUACUUCUUAUAACAAUAUCGGUAUUUUAUAUUACAAGAUGGGCGACUAUUCAAAAGCACUAUCAUACUAUGAAAAAGCACUUGAUGUUCGGCAAAAAAUUCUUUCUCCAAAUCACGUCAGUUUCGCUAUUUCUUACAACAACAUUGGUAUUUUGUAUGGGGACAUGGGAGAAUACUCGAAAGCACUUUCAUAUUACGAAAAAACACUUGAAAUUCGACAAAAAACUCUUCUUCCAAAUCAUUCUGAUUUGGCUACUUCUUACAGCAAUAUUGGUUUCAUGUAUGACAAAAUGGGAAACUAUUCAAAAGCACUUUUAUUUUAUGAAAAAGCACUUGAAAUUCAAGAAAAAACUCUUCCGUCAAAUCAUUCUGAUUUGGCUACUUCUGAUAACAACAUCGGUUUAGUUUAUUACAAGAUGGGCGACUACUCGAAAGCACUUUCAUACCAUGAAAAAGCACUUAAUAUUCGACAAAAAACUCUUCCUUCAAAUCAUCCUGAUUUUGCUCAAUCCUAUAACAAUAUCGCUGCAGUUUAUAGCAAUAUAAGGGAAAACUCAAAAGCACUUUUGUAUUAUGAAAAAGCACUUGAAAUUCGAGAAAGAACUUUUCCUCCAAAUCAUCCUGAUUUGGCUACGUCUUAUAACAACAUUGGUUUAGUGUAUUACGAUAUGAACGACUGCUCGAAAGCUCUUUCAUGUUAUCAAAAAGCACUUAAAAUCAUUGAAAAAACUCUUCCCCUAAAUCAUCCUGAUUUGGCCACUUUUUACAACAAUGUUGGUUUGGUAUAUAUCGAAUUAGGCAAGUACUCAAAGUCACUUUCGUAUCAUGAAAAAGCAGUUGAAAUUCGAGAAAAAGCUCUUCCUUUAAAUCAUCCUGAUUUGGCUACUUCUUAUAACAACAUCGGUUUGGUAUAUGAAAACAUGCAGGAGUAUUCGAAAGCACUCUUAUUUCAAGAGAAAGCACUUGAAAUCCUAAAAAACACUCUUCCCCCAAAUCAUCCUGAUUUGGCUACUCUUUACAACAAUAUCGGUAAAUUGUAUUACAAGACUACCGAAUAUUCAAAAGCUUUUUCGUUUUUUCAACGCGCUUUAGAUAUCGGAAAUCGUUCACUACCCUCAAAUCAUCCUAAUCUGCAAAGAUUUCGAGAAAAUCUUGAAACUGUACAAAGGAAAUUGUAAAUGAGUUUUGUAUUUCUUUUAAUUUAAAGAUAAAGAUUAAGAGAAAAAUAACAUUGACGUUUAGUAAUCAAAGUUAAAGAUGCGAAUACGUGCAAAGAAACUGUUUCUUGUCGAUCAGACAAACAGGAACUAUGGAUGCCGAUUUAGCAAAUAAUGCAUGUUCCAAUAUGAACAUUUAUCAUAUAAAAAGGCUAUUGCGGUAUUUUUUUGGGUCACACCCACGUCCAAUAAUCCAGCAAGAAAACAUUCAGUUUUGGGCUAUUUCACGGAUUUCAUGAAAGCAGUAUUUCGGACCGGAAUUAAACGAUUUUUUUUUCCGUCACCAUUCCUCUGGGUGCCGCUGUGGGUGGGGGUGUAGUUACCGGUGUGAUAUUCAUUUGAUACUAAUACCCACACCCACACCCACACCCACACCCACACCCACACCCACACCCCACACCC